AUGGUAUUAGACGUGGCAUAUGUGGCAGGUACCAUUGCCUCCUUUGUGAUGAACGGGGCGUGCUGCAUGUACCAGACGAAUCGCGAAGAUUUUCUACGAGAAGAAUUGCGCGACGAGAUACGGAAGGAAUGGGUGCAGCAGCGACGACGAGAAGUCGACAAGCAACAUCAGACACAGAGAGAGCAACGAAAAGAGUUUGAAGAACGGUAUCAAAAGUUACUCACGCGAAACGAAGACCAAUCUUAUACCCAUCGACAUCACUUGUCGCCCAAACACAACAGCACUACUACACCACAAGAACGAGAUCCGCCCAAUUCCGUGGACUCGCAAUACAUGCGGAAUCUCAGUAGAAAUUCCUCCAUAAUGGAUGAAGAAGAAGAUGAUAAUGAUGACAAGGACCACGAAAGGGUCGGUGAUGGGCUUGGAAUCAUUAUUUCAGAAGAUGGAACCAUGGAAGAUGUCUCUAUUUCCUGA